AUGGCUGCUGCCGACGAGACGCGCGACUCGAGGGCCUCGUCAUCCUCCAACUCCCCCGCUCCGCCCGACAACGAGGAGUCCGACUUCUACCUCGGAGCCAACGACUCGCAGACCUCCCUCGGCGUCGUGCCCAACAUGCAGGACAUGCAGGUUAACGACCCCGAGUGUACUUCAACCAUCGCCGCCCUCCCCAGCGAGAUCCUCAUCAGCAUCUUCUCGCGCCUCUCCGAUGCCUCAGACCUCUUUCACGCGAUGCUCGUCUGCAAGAGGUGGUCGCGGAAUGUCGUCGAGAUCCUGUGGCACCGCCCUGCCUGCUCGUCCUGGAAGAAGCACCAUGCCAUCUGUGCCACCCUCGCCCCUCAGCGUGACGUUGGCCAGCCAAAGCCCUACUUUGCCUAUGCGGACUUUGUCAAACGCCUCAACCUCGCUGCACUGGCAGAGCACGUCAGCGAUGGCAGCGUCCAGCCGCUUGCUGUCUGUUCGCGGGUGGAGCGUCUCACCCUCACAAACUGCAAACAACUCACCGACUCGGGGCUCAUCCCACUCGUGACGAAUAACCACCACCUCCUCGCUCUCGACAUAUCUGGAGACGAGAACAUAACAGAAAACACCAUCAUGGCCAUUGCAGAGAACUGCCGUCGCCUGCAAGGUCUCAACAUGACUGCGUGUAAGAACGUGUCCAAUGAGAGCCUCCAGACCCUGGCUGAGAAUUGCCGAUAUAUUAAGAGACUUAAACUCAACGACUGCUCUCAAGUCAACGACGUGGCGGUGCUUGCCUUUGCCGAAAACUGCCCCAACAUUCUUGAGAUAGAUCUCCAUAACUGCAGAGCAGUCGGCAACAAACCCAUCACAACGCUCAUGGCGAAAGGCCAGUCUUUACGUGAGCUGAGACUCGCCAUGUGCGAGCGCAUCGAUGAUUCGGCAUUCCUCAACCUUCCCGCGUUCAAGAUCUACGAACACCUGCGUAUCCUGGACUUGACGUCAUGUGCUCAACUUACCGACCUUGCAGUUGAGAAGAUUAUCGACGUGGCACCCCGACUCCGCAACCUCGUCCUGGCAAAGUGCACCAACAUCACCGAUGCGGCAGUCUUUGCCAUUUCGAGGCUAAGCAAGAACCUCCACUACAUCCAUUUGGGCCAUUGCCGCAACAUCACAGAUGAGGGUGUGAAGCGGCUGGUUUCGAGCUGCAAUCGGAUUCGCUACAUCGACCUUGGCUGCUUGACGCAUCUUACCGACGAAUCGGUCACCCGACUUGCCACGCUUCCCAAGCUCAAGCGCAUUGGCCUGGUCAAGUGCACCAACAUCACCGAUGCCAGCAUGUACGCUCUCGCUCGUGCCAAUCACCGCAGCCGAGCACGCCAGGACCAGCAUGGUAGACCUCUACCCCACGAAUACCACACAAGCAGCCUGGAGCGAGUACACUUGAGUUACUGCGUCAAUUUGACACUGCCGAGCAUUAUCAAGCUACUCAAUUGCUGCCCGAGGCUCACACAUCUGAGUUUGACCGGUGUCACAGCGUUCCUGCGAGACGACUUGGAAAAAUUCUGUCGCGAUGCCCCAGCUGACUUCAACGAUCACCAACGUAGCGUGUUCUGCGUGUUCUCCGGUCACGGCGUCUCUGGCCUGCGAGCCUACCUCAACUCCAAAGACGAGUUUGCAGACUACCACGAUCCACGGCGUGCUCCUCGGAGAGAUGCCAUCCCUGGCCCCUUCCCGCCCAUAGACGGCUUGGACGAUGUCGACGAUAUUGAAGAUGAUGACAUGGGCGAUGGCAGCGAGAUUGCCCUCGACACUGGGAAUGGAGUGGCGCACCCGCCUCCACCACCACCGCCACCACCAGCUCCGCGACCGGAUUGGACUCAGGACCAGGGUGCUGGACAAGGAGAGCCAAGCGUUCUUCCGGGAACACCACAAGCCGCCCCGUUCUUCUUCCCUAGUGACACCCCAGUAACUGGCUCUCCAGCAAUGGCUGUGGACACGGUCACCGCUACCACAAUCCCUGUACGGGCGAACUCGACUACCGCACUCGAUGGACUUAGCCUAGAAGGCUCUAUGGCUCAGUCAUCAGCGACAAACUCCUCUGCUGGGCCUAGCACGGCGGGUGCGACUCUGUUUUCACAAGGACCAGCCACAGGGCCGAGCACCGCUUCUAUGCAAGGCCAAGAGCCUGAGAACGAAAGUUUGUCAUAG